AUGCUCGCUCACCUGCAGACCGACUCGGACUGCUGGCAUGGGGUCCAAGAUCCCAAGAAGAGGAAACAGAUCCAGGACAGACUCGCUCAGAGAGCAAGAAGGAAACGUCGUGCAGAGUCCAGUCAGGCUUUGGCACUACGAGGAGCACAAGAAGAUAUCCCCACUGACGCAUUUGCUGUCACCAUCAUCGAAUUACCCUUCAACACUUCCCCCGCAAGCCUGGACAGUUCAGCCUCACCUGCAAGCUGUCCUUCCUUUGGGUCCGAACUGUCCAUAGGAGUGGACCACAGCUUGUUGACCAAACAUGUCUCAUCGGUGUUUGCUGCGCUAUUCAACAACGGACGCAUCUUGGGCAUACCCUGCGGCAUCCAAGUUCCGAUACUCUCCCGGCCGUGCACGGCGAAGACACCACUGAGCCUCCACCCUACUCAGAGUCAGAUGACUGUCCUCCACAUUCCAUGGAUCGACCGUUUCCCUUUCCCGAAGAUGAGAGACAACGUCAUCCAGCUCAGUGGCAUUAUUGACGAGGAGGUCUUUUUGUGCGAUCUUUUCACAACGGAUAGUUUCACUAUCGUUCCAGGUUCGGUCAGCUGGGAUCCUAUGGCCUGGGUUGUGACAAACCCAUUUGAGAAGAAAUGGGGCUAUCUGUUCUACUGA